AUGGCUUACCAAGCCAAUGACACAACUGAAACAACUGGCAUCUCAUCAGUCUCAUCGGAUGACGAAUUAGAAAGAGACUACUUUUCUUGGUUACCUGAAGUGGAAUGUAAGGACAAUAGUAUCAACGAAAAUGAUUGGUCUUCGUCUGAUGAUAGUGAUAAUGAUAGUGAUGACAAAGAAAUAACUUACCAUCAUAAAGAAACAUCAAGUGACAAGAAUAUUAAGUGGAGUGACGGCUCUUAUCUCACUCAUGAUGGACGUUUACAAUCUAUGACUCGAUUUGAACGUCGACAAGCAUGUUAUUACCAAGAAAAAAUUCAACAAAUUCGACAACAAUUAAAAGAUGAACAUCUUAUUUUACGACCAAUUUAUAAACAUAUUGGAUAUCAUGCAGAGUCAAUCGAUACUUUUUAUAACAAAGUCAAUCAAUUCUUGAACCGUACAAGCAGCUAUUCAUUAGUUUUUAAACUCAGUCAUUCAUAUCCGACGGCUAGUCAAAAUCAUUUAGCUAAGAUUAUUGCACGAGUUGAAACAACAUUGAACAACUUAUUCGAAUCUAAAUCUAUUACUGAAGCACAAUAUAUGGCUAUGAAAAUCAAUCGAUCUACAGUACGAAUGAAUUAUUUAUACUUCGUAUCAGACACACAUAAAGAAGGAAUUCCAGUUCAACCAAUUAUGGUAUGUAAUGCUGGACCAACUAUGGGUAUUAGUCGUUAUCUUGGUCGUCUUCUUGGAUUAUUUUUUAAUGAUGCAACUCAUUGUAAAAAAUUACACAAAGCUUAUAAUGUUAUACAUCACAUGGAAUUCUAUCAGAAAAGUGGUCAACUUCGACCAACCACUCUAUUUGUUUCAUUUAAUAUUAAUGAUUUAUGUUUAAAUUUUUCACAUCAACAAGUUAUGGAUGCAUUAGAACAUUUCCUCCACUCUUACAUCUCAUCAGAUCAUUCUAUUCAAGGCAUGACAAUUGCUACAAUUCUUCAACUUGUUGGUCUCGUACUCGAUGAACAAUACUUUAUUUACAGUUACAAAUUAUAUCGACAAACUGCUGGUAGUGCAUCUGGUUCAUCAUUAACUAUUCCAUUAGUCUAUAUCUAUUUAUUUUAUUGGCAACCAGAUUUAUUAGAAGAUCUUAUUAAUAAGAAUGAACUCUUUUUCAGAUAUCGAGAUGAAGCAUUUAUUACAUGGAACAGAUCUGAAGAUGAACUUCGUACAUUACUUGCUACGGCUAAUUCACAAUUUACGCAACCUAUAUGGAACAUAACUAAUAUUGGAUCAACUAUUCAUUUUCGUGAUAUUCUAAUAACUAACAAUAAUGGCCUUCUUCGAACAAGUGUUUAUCAUGAGGAAACAUUCGACGACAAUAUGUUACAAUCAUCAUUUCCGGAUAUUCUUCAACCUGCAAUCAAACAAGACACAUGGAAAUGGCUACGAGGAUCUUUUUUAAAAGCCAUCCGAUACUGUUCCGAUCACCGUAAACAACAAAUGUCACAAUCAUCCAGUCAACGAUCAACUUCACAUCCACUCGUGAAAAGAAUCAAAAGACAUAAAUCAUCACAAAUUAGUACAACACCCUUAAAAUCGAAUAUGAAAUUGCCAAUCUACUUAAAAGUUCAUCAAAAUCUCCUCUUUCGAACAUUACGUCUUCUAUUGAAGCAUAAAUUACGAAGAAAAUGUGAACGUCAAUUUCUUCAUCAUCGACUUCAAUUAUUAAAUCAGCAGUGUCAUACGGAACUUCGUCAAAAUUUAUGGCAAUCCUAUCUUAACUUAGGAUCUGAAAAAGAAGUGUGGCCAAAUGUAGUAAUGAAAAUGGCCAAAACAGAUGAACACUUAGUCUGCCAACAAUUUGUACAAAAACAUCUAAAUGAAAUGAAAAUUAAAUAUGAUCAAUUUAUCAAUGAAUUAAGCCUACAAUUGCAAUCGUGUCCGGUAACAUUAAUGGAAUUACAAUCCAGCCUUGAUCAGCAUCUUAAAGAAUUUGUUCAAAUACAGCAAAAAUAUAUAGCUACAAAAAUGCAAUUUCAACUGAAACGAUAUGAAGAUAUGAUUACCGAAAUUGAAUUAUUACAAACUUUGUCAAGUUUUCCACUUUCAAGUGAUCAACAAAACAGGAUCAACCAACUUGUACAUUUUCAAGAAAAACAAGUACAAUUCUACGAAGAUCUUCUUAAAUUAGAAGCUCGAGUAUCCAUUGACUUUUUACCACGAAGUUUUGAUGAAUUAGAGGACUUUGUUACAUUUGAUGAUUAUUUUCCUGUAGGUAAAGAUACUGUAGUCAUUGAAUUUAAACAAAAUAACUACAAAAUUAUACAAGAAGCCAAACGGAUGUGGUUAAAGACAUAUAUCAAUGCCUAUGAAAAUGAAAUAGAAAAAUUCAAACAUCAAUAUGAAGAUGAAUUAUAUCAAUUUCAAUUAUUGAAUUCACGUCACGGUGGUAUCUAUAGUACAACAACAACUAUCGUGAAUUCUUUUCUUGAUUACAUGAAUCGUCGAACAAAUCGAUUAAAGGAAGAAAUUGCUUAUGAAAAAGUUCCUCUUUAUCGAAAACAUUUAUUACGUGUUCAGCAACGCUUCAAAUCAACUCAGAAAAUGGUCACGGUAAAACCGACUGUCAUUGUCGACCUCUUCUAUCAUCCAUUUACUGCUGCUCAACUUGCAUAUCUUUCAAGAGGACCCUCUUAUAUACGACCAAAUCCAAGUGUGUUUUUUCCUGAAAAAACAUUUAAAAAACGUAUUGACCGAGAACUCAAAGAUACAAUGAAAAAACUUAAGCAAUGUAUGUCUAAUGAUUAUGAUCGAUCAAAAAUACCACUCAACUCACCCUUAUAUAAAUCUUAUGCUGAUCAACUUCAAUCCUGUUUAAAUCAAGCUUAUAUGACUCCUACACCAUUAAUCGAUCAAAUACGUGCUCUACGAGAAUUAAAAAUGGUUCAGUCGAUUCGAAAAAAAUUAAAAAAAUUUAAAUUGAUACUACGUGAAACCGAUAAAAGUGGUGUAUUACAUAUUGGUUCUGCCGCUGAUUAUGAACGAAAAGCAAUUGAAUAUCGACGAACAACGGGUGCUUAUGAACUAUUAACGUCGAAUCCAUUCAAUGAUAUCAUCUGUACUGUUACACGUUUAUUGAAUCGAUUACAAUCCUUGAAACGAAUACUGGAACGACAUCGAGUGAAAAUGAUGCCCAAUCGGAAGAAAACCGAAUUAGCUUAUAUGUAUUUUAUUCCUAAACCACAUAAGAAACGUACACCACUUCGACCAAUAUUGAAUACAAUACAUGCUGCAACCAAACAAAUUUCUCAAUUCUUAGAUCGUCUAAUUCGACCUUUAUUUGUUCGAUUUGUACGUCAAACAACGUUUGUGGAUGGGGCUGAUCUUCUUAAUCGACUUCAACAUUAUAUUCAAAAAGGUUAUUUAAAAUCAUCGACUCUUUUCAUUACUUUUGAUAUUAAUAAUCUCUAUACCAUGUUACCACAAGAAGAAUCUUUAAAUGUACUUGCUGAAUUUCUUCGUAUACAUAAUUGUGAAAAAGUGAAUGGACUUUCCAUUGAUACAAUUAUUGAAUUAGCUCGUGUCGUACUUCAAGCAAAUGCUUUUGUUUAUAACAACAAGUUUUAUCGACAAAUUAUUGGCGGUGCUAUGGGUUCGGCCUUUACUUUAACAUUAGCAAAUAUCUUCAUGUGGAAAUGGGAAAGACAAACUAUUUUACCAAAAUUAGCUUCACAUGAAUUAUAUGGCCGAUAUAUUGAUGAUGUUUUCUUUACCUGGAAUGGAUCUGAAGAUAAAGUCGAAGAAUUAUUAGAAGCCGCAAAUAAUUUUCAUCCAAAUAUUAAAUUAGAAUAUAAGAUUAGUAAAAGUGUUCCAUUCCUUGAUGUUCAUAUUCAACAUAAUCAUGGUACUUUGGUAUCAUCACUCUAUCAUAAACCUUCGGCUGAACCCACUGUCGUAUCAUUUCUAUCCGAUCACCCACGACAUGUCUUUCGAAAUGUUAUUCAAACGGCUCUCACUCGUGCUGCACGAUAUUCAUCAACAUUUGAGAUAUUUAAUCAUGAACGGCGUGCCAUUCGUUUAAUGUUCUUAUAUAAUAGAUAUCCAUCGAAUUAUAUUAACCAACAAUUUGAAAAAUUCUUUGCUGAUUAUUUAAGUUCAACUUCUCCACCAAUUUUACCUAUGAUUACCAAUGAAAGUCAAUUUUUGGCAUUACGUCAAAAAUUAUUAAAUGAACCCACAGCAAAACAAACACAACUAGCCAUAAGUGCAGCUACUGUACAACUUACCCAGCGUACACAAAAUGUUAUACGACCAAAUAUAAACAAUAUGGAAGCAACCAUUCAACGAAACAAUGACAAGUUUAAAAAGAACUUCUUUAUCCAUAUUACACAUGAAGCUAGACUUAAAGGUUUAGCUCGUGAAAUACAUAUGAUACAUGAUAAUCACUUUAAAAAUACCGAUAAGGCAGAAAUAAGAUUAGUUGUUGGCUUUCGAAAUAAUCCAAACAUUGAAUUUGAACUUUCACGUAAACGACCAGCGUCAUCCUUAUUGAAAGAUCCAUUAGCAAAGAAACAAAAAACAAAUGAAAUUAAUCGUGAUGGCACGAAUAUCUAA